AGGCUGUGCGCAGGCUGGCGGUAUUUUUGUAUUUACUGAGUUUAGAGCAGCAGGAGGAGAAUCUGGAGCUCAGUAACCGGUACAAACCCGCUGUGAGGACCUUCCGCGGUGUGGUAGAGAGAUUAUACCCGCUACUGUAGAGCAAAAUCACGUCAACAAUGGACGAGGACGUCCAAUCCUCUGAGAUUCCCGCAGACACCAGCACAGGUUCCUCAGAGGAGAUGAGGGCGGAGCUGCUGGAUGAAUGUGAGGAACAGUUUGGACUAUUGCAAAAGCUUCAGAACGAGAUCAUUUUAGCAGACCCAGACUGCAGUGAUGGAGAAUCAAACGAGGCCAUGAAUCGUCUGAAUGCUAUCAGUACGGAGCUUGAGCAGUGGCAAGAAAUGGAACCUAAAUUGCUGUCCACAAACCCUGAAAUUCUAUUGGCUCUUGGGAAGGAAGAGCUGCAAAGGCUAAACAGUCAGCUGAAGAUGGUUCUCUCCUGCUCCCAGGCAAAGCGAGACUCUCUUAAAGAUGUUUUACAGAGGGAACAGAAAUGGUUGGAGGAGAAGAAGGAGGUGUUGAGAGCAGUGACUGAACGAGUCGCUACACUGCGAGAGGAGAAUGAGAAGCUAUCAGAGCACAGCAUCCUACAGGACAUGAAGAGAAAAAUCACCAGGGUGAAGGAUUACCAUGGCAACCUCAUCGAGACGCUGAGUGACAUGCUGGCCGAACAUUUUCCUCUGCCUAAUCAGCAAACUGUCGGCAGCAGGAAGAAGAGGUUUGCCGUUUCAGAUUCUGGGGAAAACUUGAUCUCACUGAGUGAAAUUCUGGAGCAGUUAACCAACAAAACCCUAGAGACUCCCCACGAGCCCUACGUGAUCAUCGAUGACACCUUCUGGCCGCCGUACGUAGAGAUGCUUCUCCGGAACGGCAUUGCUGUCAGACACCCUGAAGACUGCAAUAAAAUCCGAUUGGAAAAUUUUCGUUAGAUCAGAAACGUUCCUGUGAGUAAAUAAGUUCGAGUAGAUAGUUUCUGAUUGAUAUUUGAAAGGAAACAUUGUGUGCAGACUUUUAAUAAAACACUUUUCUCUUUGUUUUAUACUUGUAUAUUUAAUUGAGGGCUCGAUUUGUAAAAUAAAAUGGCUCAGAAUUGGAAAACUGGA